GCGCCGCGACGCUUCGGCACGCACAGUCGCGGCUGGAACGCCGUCCCAUGCGAACGUGUUAUUCUCGUGGUUCGUGUAUUCUUUUUCAGCAUCGUGUAUAAUAUUCACGACCUGUUCACAUUUAGAUCGGGAUUUCGAAAGAACAUGAUCGAGAUACAUGUUACGAAAAUCUUUCGAUCCACAUUCCGCCCUGAAGAUGGAUUUUCUUUCAAGAUCGAUGAAAAUCAACGUUAAGUUUCUGAAAACAUGACUGAGAAUAGUGUUCAUUGACGAUGUCGUACGAUUAAUAACUGUGAGACCGUUUUAAGAUUAAAUCUGUUAUCGAUCGUUCGGAGUGAUUUUGACGAUGACAUUGAAGCUUUUCAAGCUUGAUCAGAGUUAAUCGAUCAAGACCGAUUUUCAACUGAAACGUCAUACGAUUGGCCGAUCGAAAAUCAAUUUGAUUUAGUGACACUUUUGCAAUUUACUUAACCAAGAGUACAUGUUUUAAACUCUCUUUAAAGACUGAAAUAUUCCUGGAGUGUUUUGCAAACAAUUUUUACCAGUGUAUAUAUUAUUUAUUGACAUAGUGUUUCUAUUUAAACGUAUAGUGAACUUUUGUUCCAAAAAAUCAAAAGCUAUCGUAUGUAUCGAAAGAAACUGAAAUUUAAUAUUCGAUCGGUUUAACAUUCUUAGUGUAAAGUCACGUUCCAUACAUGCGCUGUUUUCAUUGAGUUUCGAGAUACUGUCGCAUCAUUCCGCAAACACGUGUGUGCAAAACCAUUUUUUCUCAAUCUAGUCAUAAGUGCGCGCGGUCGACGCCGUUAUUGAUCCAGUGAUUAAAUCAAUUUUACUAUUCGAUGGUAUUCUUAAUAAUCAAUAACGUCGCGGUAAAAAAAACUUCUGCCAUGAGGAUAUAACCGAACGUACGUAAUUACGGUUAAUGAGAUUUGAAGCAAAGUGUAUGUCCUAUAUUAGAGUGUGUAUCUUGUGUAUGGUAUUGUGUAUGCUAAAAAAUUGACAUUAGGAGACGUAGAAUAAUUAAGGACGUUCGAAAUAUGAAUAGACGCAAUUGUGACAUCACAACAAAUUUAUAUUUGCAUGGUGAGUAGCGAGAAAGUGUAGCGAUUUUGGGUCUUAUUCGUUGGUAAAUUUCAUGAACUAAGGACAAACAUUAAUCAGUGAAAAUAAUCGAAACAAUAAAUGUCAGUGUAAAAUAAAAAAUGGCGGCGACUUCCGAGUCCCAGGAUAAUUAUUGAGGAACUCUUUACGAGGGAAUGGAUUUUCAGAGCGCUAUGGACACGUUUGUAGAGGCAUGGAUGGCUGCAAAUACGAAAACAGAUCAAGUACAGAAAUGACUAGAAGGCAGCGAACAUCUGGUAGCGAAAUGAGCAAUUUACGUAACGUAGUCGUGGAAGCAUCAAUCCGUGGAUUAUCUACCGCGGGAAGAGGGCCAAUUAUUAGCCAAGCUUUGGCAUUGACACACAAGACCUCGCCACCUUCGAGGCCGAGCAGUGUGUCCUCGUUACCGAGGAGUCCUCAGUCUCACCAGUCCCAACAGUCUCAGCCGCAGAGUACUACUCAGCUUCCGCCGGUGCAUCCUCAUCAAUCGCAGACACCCCUAAGCACGCCCCAGACACCGUUUGCUGCGCACAAUCAACACCCCAAGCAAGAAGCAAAUACAAGCCCCAAACAGGAAGGAUUCGAUCUCAGCAAAUCUACCUCCAGUACGGGAAAAAAUCUUCCAGUGCACUGUGUAGUCGAGACGAUUCACAAUAUCGUAGAAACGCAUGUAAGCAACUCUCGUGAGAACUGGCGGAGGCCUCAAGUAGAAACGGAUUCUUACGUUAUCAUCCCUGUGGCUAUGCCUUUCCAAGAUUUAGUAGGCGAGGCAUUAGUACGUCUUGGUUAUUCAAGCGAUUUGAUACCAAGCGCUAGAGGAAGUAUCGUCAUAAGGAACUGGAAACCUCUGCCAAUGGAAAAAGUUGCGGACGGUCCUUUGUUAACAGUGGGUGAUAUUUUAGCUGAACUAACAUCAGUCGCCACUUUGAAGAUUCAAGUAUACCGAUCGAGGCCGCCGCCGCCUAGUCCAGCGGCUGAAGUUAGAAACAAAUUAUUAAGAUUACUGUUACUCCAUAGUCAUGCACUUCUCGUCUCAGCUGGUUGUCCUUUAGACGAGAUGACACUGUUAUCUCUCUGUAGAGGUGGAAACGAUUUAUCAGAGGAAACUAAACGAAACUUCGAAUCUUGGUUGCAACAGCAACAGUUGGGUUUAGGUCUAAACCCGAUAGUACCUUCCUCCAACCAUCAUCAGCAUCACACGCAGAGCCCUCAGCCGGAUGGAGGCGGUACCAUUGGAUCGGCAGGUGGUACGAUCGGUCCUCCGCAUCCCGCGCUUCUUCAAUACUCACAUAAAACUAGGAUGAGAACGAGUUUCGAUCCCGAACUGGAGUUACCACGGCUUCAGCGAUGGUUCGGUGAGAAUCAACACCCGUCACGUCAACAAAUUCAACACUACGUCUCGGAAUUGAAUGCCCUAGAGUCUCGACGAGGCAGGAAGCCCCUGGACGUAAAUAACGUUGUCUACUGGUUCAAGAAUGCCAGAGCCGCUCAGAAGAGGGCUGAAAACAGGGGUGUCAAUGGUUACAGCCCUCCUGGGCUCAGUCCGAGAGGCGCCAGUAUUGUCAGCGAAGAUUGUACAGACGAGGAAGAGGAUUCAAGGAACCAGUCGACAUCACCUUCUCCCUGUCCACCUGGUAGCCCACCCGUUGGUCCAUUGUCACUUACAACCAGACCCGAGGAUCAACAACCUGCACCUUCAACGCCAUCCUCGGUGAAACAAGAAGAUGCCAGGGUAUCCUCCGGUUCAGAAGACGACGAGACAAGACCGACCGGCCCAUUGCCACCUGGAUUUUCUCUGGUUCCUAGUUCAAUGUUUGGUCAUGGAAUAAUGUAUAUGUCACCUUAUCUGCCGCCACGUGGAUCUGCUGGUUGUUCCACUAGCAUGUUGGACGAGAGGAGGAAAAGGAACCGGACAUUCAUUGAUCCUGUAACGGAAGUACCGAGACUCGAAACUUGGUUCACUCACAAUACUCAUCCCAGUCACGCGUUGAUUCUGAAAUAUACGGAGGAGCUGAAUCGGAUGCCGUAUCGACAAAAGUUCCCGCGACUGGAACCAAAAAAUGUACAAUUUUGGUUCAAGAAUCGCCGGGCCAAGUGUAAGCGCUUGAAAAUGGCCCUUUUUGAAGGCGAAUCACCACAAACGCACCCAUAUCAUGCAGACUAGCUCGUUUCCUCAUGUAACGUAAAGUAGGAACAACCAAGGUGUCACAAGACACGAUCAUUUAUGUACUGUAAAACGGAAGAAAAGAAAAGAGGAGAAUUGGAAACAUCGUUAAUCAACCUGUUAUUCUUUAAUAUCGUUGACUUGUGACCAUAUUCGGUGGUUACAUUUUUGUUGUAAUUAUCGCGUAAUAAUUAAUAUAAUUAUUAUGGACCUUAAUAAGUGUACAUAAUGAGAAUACUGUCGAAUAAAAACUAUACGUCAUGA